AUGAAGAUCCUUUACCUGCUCUUUUCUCUCCUCUUCUUGGCACUCCAGGUUUCUCCAGGUUUGUCUUCACCCCGGCGGGACAUGUUUCUUUGUAGAAAAGGGACCUGUCACUUUGGAAGAUGUCCCACUCAUCUGGUUAAAGUUGGAAGUUGCUUUGGGUUCCGCAGCUGCUGCAAAUGCCCUUGCUUGAGCUAUUUGCCAGCUGUGAUCCUGGCUGUAGACCUGGCUGAUAAUGCCAAAUCAGGAGACUCAUACAGCAUGGGAUUGUGUUGCCACCCAGAGAGACCUCAACAGGCUGAAAACCAGCUUUGCAAGAUAGGACUGGGAGUCCUGGUGGACACCAGGCUGAAU